AAAGUACACUCGGUGGCUCUGGGCUAUCUGACAUCGACACGUCGUGUCUGAAGAUCCGGGGGAAAAAUAGGAAGAAACAAGGAAGCGCAGCACAAGCGACACAGCGGCUCCGAAGUUCUGUUAGCAGAGGCACUGUGUGUUCACCUGACGUUAUAGCAAAAUGCCUGAAAUACAGACACCAAGGAUUCGAGCCAUUAACACCAGUGCUAGUGACGGCCUGGAGGGAUUCAAGGCACAUGCUGUGUUCCAGGAAAUCAACAAGAAGCUCCAGGAGGAUGGGGAGCAGUUUGUGAAAAAGAUCGGGGGAGUGUUUGCCUUUAAAGUAAAGGAUGGUCCAAACGGACAGGAGGCAACUUGGUUUGUGGAUGUGAAGAACGGCAACGGCUGUGUUCACAAUGACACGGCUAAAAAAGCAGAUUGCACCAUUUCCAUGUCUGACACAGACUUGUUGGCCUUGAUGACAGGGAAGAUGAACCCACAGACUGCGUUUUUCCAGGGCAAGCUGAAGAUCACAGGCAACAUGGGACUGGCCAUGAAGCUUCAAAGCCUGCAGCUGCAGCCGGGCAAAGCCAAGCUGUAGAUGAGAUGUCGGAGCUAGCUGUAACUACACCUCUGAACACUGAAUAGAGUUCACAGCACGUCUGGUUUCAGAUAAGUGGUAAGGUCUGUAAACUGGACUGAACCACUUUUCCUACUAGCGACCUCACUGACCGACCAGGGGAUUAGUCAGCAUCCCUGCCAAUCUAACUGGAGAAUAAGAUAGAAAAUUAAUUUGUGUACUGGAGUAGAGACAGGUGCUCCCUACUAAUUCAGUCCAUGUCCAGAUCUCAAUAACUUUCCAAAGUCUGUUGCUAAUGAAAACUUUCUUUGAGUGUAUUAUGUCUGGAAAUCUUUUGAAUAGAGAAGAUUGAUGUAAUUUUCCACAAUCACGGACUCAACAGUCUAAGUGCCUCCUCCUCUCAGACAUCCAAUUUGCCCUAAGGUUUUUAGCCAACAACAUAGAAAUGUUUUUCACUGUGGCCGCCCAAUGUUUGGACGGAGGGGUUGUGAUUUUCAGCAGUACCUAUCAUUAUUGUAUGAAUCUCUAAAACAUUUCUACUAAAUAAAUUUGUCUUUGCUGCAACAUCCA